AUGUCAGUUGCUGAAGAAAUAACCACCACUGCCAAUGCGCCAUUCGAUAAUCCUAAUGGUGAUAUCAUCCUCCGUUCAACUAUUGAUCAUGUCGACUUCCAUACUUUCAAAGUUAUUCUUUCACUCAUGUCUCCCGUGUUCAAAGACACGUUCACGCUACCUCAGGACGGUUUGCAGUCGGGCGUGACAUCUCUACCUAUCAUUCCUGUAACUGAGAGCAGUACAACCCUUGAAUCCCUCCUUCUACUCUGCUAUCCUGCCGCAACCCCAACCUUCCACAGCUUGGAUAAUGCAAAGGCUGUGAUGGAGGCAGCCAAGAAGUAUGACAUGCAAGCGGUCCUCAGCCGGGCAGUAGAUCUCGCGAUGUCCCAGUUUUUACCAACUCACUUUCUCGAACUAUAUGCUCUCUCUUGUCAAUUCGGAUGGCAGCAUCACGCGCAGACAGCUGCUACACAGGCUCUUGAGAUAAAAAAUCUAGGACGUCCCAGUAUCGAGUUUAAAAGUAUGCAGGACAUUACUGCUUUGGAUCAUCACAGGCUCCUCAUAUAUCAUCAUGCAUGCGGUGUUGCUGCACAAGCAGUCGGAAACUCUCUUUCCUGGCUGGAGCCAACUAUUUUAUCCACAAAUAUGCCAAUGCUGUACCACGUCCCCGAGUCGAAGGAUUCCAGACAUUCAUGCGGCGUGGGUGUUAGGAAGCUCCAAGUUGCGGACUCGGUUCUGAAGAUCACCCAGUGGUUCGACGAAUAUCUGGUUUCCAGUGGGAAGGCUUUGUGGGAGAAACCUUGCGAGUCGACCAUAAGGGAUUCGGCAGCUUACAAUCGCGCUAUUACCAAAGCGGCUGAGUGCAGUGUUUGCCGCAGUACGGUCGUCGAGAGUAUGGAUAGAUUCCGUGCUUUGUAUAUCGCACAAGUUAAAAAGGUGGUUGCAACUGUGAAAUUGGUGACUUCUUAA